CGGGCGCUGCGCGAGCGAUGUGUGAGCGGGCGGCGCGCCUCUGCAGGGCCGGCGCGCACAGACUGCUCCGGGAGCCGCCGCCGCAGAGCCGGGCGCUGGGGGGGCUGCUCCGCUGGGUGGGAGCCAGGAUGGGCGAACCCCGGGAGCCGCUGGCCGACGGGCCGGGGGCCACGACCGGCCACGGGCUCUGUCCCACGCCGCCGCCGCCCCCAUCCCCGCCCCGGAGGGGCACUUCGGUCAUCCUGGACAUAUUCCGCCGGGCUGACAAGAAUGAUGAUGGGAAGCUGUCCUUGGAAGAAUUCCAGCUGUUUUUUUCGGAUGGUGUCCUUAAUGAAGAAGAACUCGAGAAGCUCUUUCACACAAUUGACUCUGAUAAUACCAACCAUGUGGACACCAAAGAGCUCUGCGAUUACUUUGUGGAACACAUGGGGGAUUAUGAGGAUGUCCUAGCCUCCCUGGAGACCCUGAACCACUCUGUCCUGAAGGCCAUGGGCUACACCAAGAAGGUGAGAACCAAGCCUUUAUUAAGCGCUUACUCUCUAUACACCAGUCACCGAGCUGGCGAUGCAGAAACUAGGGGCUGGGUUCUCCGGGUCUGGAAGGAGAGCAGUUCCCUCAUAAGCCCAGGUAAGGUCAGUGUAGAAACAGCCCCGGGUGUCAGGAAUCCGGCGCUUCCCCCGAAGCCGGGUAUACAUUUACUUCUACACUUGCUCUACAGACAGAACCCCAGCAAGCCCAGCCAAGGGGUGGCGGAGACUUGGUACGGCAACCCGGCUCCCCGCUACCCGCCCAACCCGAGACUGCCGCCGGCCGAGCCCGGGAAGGGCUUUCCCGCAGGGUCCCCGGACACCAAGGAGGAAGGGCUGGAGGCGCAGAUCAGCCGCCUGGCGGAGCUGAUAGAGAGGCUGGAGAACAAGACCCUGUGGUUUGAUCUGCAUCAGCGUCUCUCCGAUGGAAACAGUACGGCUUGCACCUAUUUCCUCUUGGUGAGACAAGAGAUGGUGGUCUCCCGGGAGCACCUUGGAGAGUUCCUGAGCUCACUGAGGCAGUACCUGAGGAGCACAGCCGAGGACAGCCACUGUUUCCACAUCACUGCCGUGAGACUCUCUGAUGGCUUCACCUUCGUUGUCUAUGAGUUCUGGGAGACUGAUGAGGAACAGAAGAGGCACCUGCAAAGCCCGGUCUGCAAAGCUUUCCGGCAUGUGAAGGUAGAUACUCUGAUCCAACCUGAAGCUGUCUCCAGCAUCUCAGUGCCAGCUGCUUGGUGCACGCUGAAUCAAGACUGAUCGGCUCUCCUAACGGACUCAGAAUGUCAGGCCGGGGCUUGGACCCUCAUUAUCAAGGACCGUGUGUCUUUUCUAAGAACCUUGUUGCAAGUGCUGUCUUUUCAAUAUCCUUCUAAACAGCAAUGUAUUUUCUUGUUGUUUGAAGUGAAGGAAACAAAUCCCUCUCCCUCCCACCUGCUCCAUACCCACCCAUCAUUAUAUUGCACCUCCCGGCUCCACUUUCCCUCUGUUACUGUCAGAGUAUUUGAGUCUGUUUACUUUAAGGCCAGAUAAAAUUUGGGGCCUUGAAGGAGGCAGAACCAACCAAGAUCUUUCGAGAUCAAGCAAGAAGCACAAUCCUCCCCCUGACAGUAUGGGUCCCGGCAGGGCCGCCCCUCCGAGCAUCCACCAUUGGCCCAGUGAUAAAGCAGCUACAUCCCCAUCAGCCCCACGAGGUCCCCUCACUUUCUGGUCCCCACAGCCACAGACCCAUCCUUCCCUUCUGCUUCCCCCCAGCCUUCCACCCCCCUCAAUGCCCAUGAUUCAUUUCCUUCACUUUGAAAAAUCAUGCAUGAUCACUCAGCCUUCGUGUACUUUCUCAGGCUGCCCUCCCAGCCUCGGCUCCCUCACAGAUUUAUUUAUUUAUUUAUCGGUGUGCUAUUUUCUCCUUUGGUAUCUCAGACUAAAGCAGGGACACGGGCCCUUUAGGCUGCUCACUAGCUGUUCUCUGCCUUUGGGAUAGUCCUGUUGGAUAUUAUUACUUUUCUUCCCUUAGGAGCCACGAGCCUCUAGAUUUAAACUGUAGAACUCUGCAAAAUGUCAGUACAGUAUUUUAGCCAAUGUUUACUAUUAGGUGACAAAUAAACUCCGGUUGAGGAA